AUGCUGCUCCGGGAGCUGCUGGGGCUGCUCCGCUGCUGCUGGCCCUCCCUGCUGCUGCACUGUGCUCUCCACCCGCUCUGGGGCUCCGCACAGAUCACUCAGGGUGAGCCCCAGAAGUCAUGCUCCAAGCCCGUAGCAGAGAAAGUCACAGAGAGCUGCCAGCAGAUUUGCCAGUGCAGGUUACCGCCACUGUUACCACCACCACCUCCACCUCCACCGCCCCCGAGGUUGCUAGUGGUGCCAACUCCCAAGACUACCUUUUGUCCCACUGAAGAGACCUGGUGGCCAGGCCUGGUUAUUAUCAUUGCAGUAUGCUGUGCCACACUAGUGUUCCUCUUUGUAGUUGUCAUCAUUUGCUACAAAGCCAUAAAAAGGAAACCAAUGAGAAAAGAAGAGAACGGAACCAGUCAGGCUGAAUAUGCAAUGACCUCAUCUCAAAACAACAAAACAGUUGAUAACAAUGCUGUUGUAUAAUCCCCAAAACCCCACCGAGGCACAGGAGGUGGUAAACUUUCAAAGCACACACUCGGAGUAUGCAAGGUGGGUGAAAUAAGGCAACGAAUGGAGUUCUGUGGCCAAGGUCUUCACUUCAGAAAUAGUGCACGCAUCAGUGAUUCAGAAGCAGGCUGCUCUACAGGCGUGUUGCUUCUCCAAAGGGAGGAUAAACUUGCCCAUCCAGGCUGCCUGGAGAAAAGACCUCACAAAGGCAUAAGCAUUGCAUGCUGCAUCUCGUGAAAGCUACGUCACAAUGCUUCAUGCUUCUUCUUCUCUUCCCCCCACUUUUCAGUGUGAAUUGAGUGUCCAAAAAA